AUGGAGGUUAUUGGCUUCUCCUUACAUAUGCAAGCAGAGGCAAGGAAGGCAUAUAAACAAAUUAACAACAGCAGCAGCAGCAGCAGCAACAGCAACAGCAACAGCAACAGCAGCAAUAACAGCAGCAGCAACAGCGGUGGGGGUAGCAGCAGCACGAAGAAACACGAUCCAACGCGUACAGCAGAGGCUGCCUUGGGUUCCUAUCGUCAUUUGCUGCUGCUUGGUGCUGCUGAGGAACCAUCUAAGGAAUUUUAUGAUCUUCUUGCUAUACUUAUCAUGAGGGGUUAUAAGCAGGCAUUAGCAGCAGCAAAAGCAGGGACGCUGCAGCCUCCUCCUAGGCCCUCUCCUGCUGCUGCAGCAGCAGCAACAACAACAUCAUCAACUGCAACAGGAACAGGAACGGGAACAGGAACAGGAACGGGAGGAACUGCAGCAGCAGCAACAGCAACAGCAGCAGCUAAUGAUUCAGCUAUGCAUGUAGAUAGCAGCUACUCACCGAUGCCUCAGCAGCAGAACCACAGCUCUCAAGGUUAUGGGCCCCCAGGUCCUUAUGGGGGCCCCUUUGGUCCCUCCCCUUCUAUGUGGGGUGGGUCUCCAUCUAGAGGGGGGAGAGACGACUGGAGACAGCAGCAGCAACAGCAGCAGCAGCAGCAACAGCAGCAGCAACAACAACAACAGCAACAGCAUCAACAGCAACAAGGCAGGGAAAGCCCGGGUGCAUCUGCUGCUGCAGCAGCUGCUGCUGCUGCCGCUAACAAGGAAGCAGCAGCUGUUGCUGCUCUCCCACCAGAAGUGCAGCAUUUGCUGCAGGACACCGAAAGUACUUAUAGUUGGCUUAUCCAGCCAAUUCUUGGUGGCCCUGAGGCAAAGCUGAAGAAGUUGCUGCAGGCACAGGAGAAGAUGGGUCCUCCCUCUGCUGCUACUUCCUCUCAGCAGCAGCAGCAGCAGCAGCAGCAGCAGAGGACCUGUCCCCUUGAGGAGAGGGCCCCUACUAAGGAAGAGUUAAGGGCCCUUCGUCGUGCUGCAGCAGACGAGGAGAAUUUCUCUCCUGCUGGUAUACCUAAGAUAUGGAUGGGUUUGCUGCUGCCCUCCUUAAAGAAAAAACCUGCUGCUGCUGCUGCUGCUGCUGCUGCUGUUGCUCCUGCAGCAGCAGCAGCAAUAGCAGCAGAUGAGGAAGAAGAGUUCGUGUGUCAAGGUCUAUUCCCUUGUUAUACAUAUGAUGAUUUCUUUAAUAAGGCUGUCCCCUUGCUGCAGCUGCUGCAUGCAUCUCUUGCCUUCGCCCCCCGGUUGCUGCUAGGGGUAUUAGGUAUAUGCAGGGAUUAUGCUGCUGCUGCUGCUGCUGCUCGUGCUAAGGGACAGCAGCAGCAGCAAGAUUGGAGGAACGAUAGACUUGUAAGAAGAAUAGGCACUCUGCAACACUAG